AGGUUGUGAAAAGAAAUCUCCUCUGCCUCCACACCUUCCUGCAGCUGCCACAGCGUUCUGUUACAGGUAGGAAAAAUAAGCAUUCUUUAAAGGUACUGUGAGAAAAUGUUCGUGUGUGAUUUUGUCAUGUGUUUGUUGGCAUGUUGGGCUUCUUAGUCUCUCAUGGAUAAUACUUAAAGUCUUAUAAUUCUUUUGUUGAGAUACAUACAAGUCAUGAAUAAACUGUGAUCAAGUGAUUGAUUGAACAACAAUUGAAAUUCAGAUCAGGUUUGCUUCAAUUUUCCCUAUACUAUUGAUUGACACUAUCAAAUGGUGUCGUUUCAACUAUACUGUGCCCUCGUUCCUGUGUGUGUGCUAUCUGUUUACUCUAUAUUUCUGCAUGUGUGUGGACCAGUAAUCUCUUGCAGUUCAGACAAAGCCAUGGACCCUGAGUACUUCCAAUCACAUAUCAUGUGUUGGGGAACCCUUGGAACGGUGCGACCCUUCCCUAAUUUCCGCCCUGACGAGGAUGCCAUGGAGAUCCAGGCAGCGCUGGAGAAGAAAGAUGUGGUGACUCUGGUUAGAAUCCUAACCAAUCGGACCAACGCUCAGAGACAAGCGAUCGCCGAGACCUUCGAAGAAAUUACACAAAAGGACCUGGCAGCUGGUGUGAAGAAAGCUGUGGGUGGAGAACUAGAGCUUCUGCUGCUGGAGCUGCUGAUGCCUUCUCUGCAGUAUGAGGUUUAUCGCCUGCAACAGGCCAUGGUGGGUUUCGGCACAGAUGAGGAAACACUGCUGGAGAUCCUGUGUACACAAUCUGAAGCGAAGCUUCGAGAAAUCAGCGCUAUGUACAAACAAUUGUUCAAGAAGGACCUGGACAAGGAACUGAAAGGAGAAACCAGCGGAGACUUUUCUAAACUUCUUUUGGCUUUGUUGAAUAAAGAAGCUGUUGCUAGUGGAGUUCAAAGAGAUAUUGAGUCUCUCUCUGCUUCGCUGAAUGGGAAGAAAGGUGAAGCGGGACUGUGGAUUGACAUACUGACCUCUAGAGACUCAGACCAUCUUAACAAAGUGCUGGAUGCACUGGAGCUGCAGAGAGGACAGACGGUGGAUCAGGCUCUGGAGAAAAAGUUCUCGGGGGAAAUUCGAAUGGGUUUGAAGGUUUUAGUACAAUGCAUCCAAAACCCUUACGUCUACCUCGCCAAAAGACUAGUUAACACGAAGACCCCGAUACUGCAGGGGAUUAUGGUUUCUCACGCGGAGGAAGAUCUGCUGUGUAUCCGAGCUGCCUACCUCAAAUUAACAGGCACUUCUCUCUACACCGCGCUACAGAAAAAAUACAAAGGAGGUCAUCUACAGGCUCUGCUGGCCAUCUGUCGAUCUGAAGAUUAAACAAAAGUUAUACACAUUUGGAGUAGCUGCAUAUCUAUAUAGUUUUGUUUUUUUCCUUGAAUCAGUCUGUUGUAAUAGAAACAUUAACUUUAUGUUCUACUUUUCAUAUUUUAUGGAAUCUCAUUUGAUUACAUGCUUUGUUUAGGCUUCUUUUAUUGAAUUAUACAAAUAUAUGCACCUAAAUGUAAAUAAACAAGUGAUGUGGUUAUUUGUUUUUAUUACUUUAUACAUCUGCUGCACAGUUCUUCUUCAUCAUGAUGUUGUAUCUACACAAAGCUUUUUUUCCAAAUGGUACUUAUAAACAAAGAGUGAUGGUAACCAGCUUUACAAUAUUGCUUGUCUUUUUUAUUAAUGUGAUCAUUUUUGAUAUAAUGUCAAUAUAUUCAUAUAUUUGUACAUUCAGACAGUAUAGCAAUCACAGUUGUGUCAUCACUGACUUGGUCUAACAUAAAGCGCUUGCAGCCUUUAGACUGAAUGGGUUGCUCUGGUGAGCUCCGAAACACAUACAGUAUAUAUCAGGAGCCUCUGUCAUCACAUCUCUUUCUCAAUAACGACUUAUUCCUAAUUCCACAUAGACUUUAGAUCAUCACAUCACAUGUUGCUGUUAACCUGAUUUAACAAAAACCUUAAGUUCAUUAAUAAACACAGUAAUUUAGGAACAAUCUGGAAAUGUUGUACAUGCUGCAUUGUACAUAGAUUUUAUUAAAUCUUUCAGUAUUUUCUGGAUCUAUUCAGUCCAACUCAAACCUCAUUUAAACACAGAAAUAUUGUUUUGCAGCUCAGGAGCAGAGCAUGUAGAGCAACAACGGCACAACAGAAAACAGCAGAGAAGCUUUGAUUUCUGAGCCAUUGUCUGUGGGGGUAGGAACACUUGCAUGAGUGGUUGUGGCAGCAGUUGAAGACGUAG